AUGGCCAAGGGUAAGCGCUCCGCUGACGCCAAGGGCAGCCAGAAGCGCCAGAAGAAGGUGCUGCGCGACAACAUCCGUGGCAUCACGCGCGGCUGCGUCCGCCGUAUGGCGCGCCGCGGUGGUGUAAAGCGCAUCUCGGGCGACCUCUACGAGGAGGUGCGCCGCGUGCUGAAGGCCUAUGUGGAGGACAUUGUGCGCUGCAGCACGGCCUACACCGAGUACGCGCGCAAGAAGACAGUCACGGCGGCCGAUGUCGUGAAUGCGCUGCGCAAACGCGGCCACAUCCUGUACGGCUACGCGUAAAUCAAUCGUGCCUCGCCCUUUCGCACACUCAUAGAUAUGCUUGCUUUCUUCGCGCAGUCGUUUAUUUGUCUUUUGGUUUUCGACUUCCCCUCCCCCAUUAUGGCUCUUCUUCUCUCUCGUGCUGACAAUCUCCCCCUCACUGCUGGCCGGAGGCAGGAGAAAAAGAGGACACUACACGAAUCCCACCACACACCUAGAGAGAAGCUGUAG